AUGUCGCUGGAAGAGGACAAAAUGCAAAAUGAUAACGAACUCAAGGAAGGGGAGCAGUGUGAAGAGAGAAAGGGGCGUAGUCGAGGUGAUCGUGAUAACACCAACCUCACAAGAAGCAGAAGCAGGAGUCGGAGCAGGAGCAGGAGCAGGAUAAAAACUUUCAUCGGUUCUCUUUACACGCCCUUGAAAAGUGUGAGCAAAGAGCUUAAAAAUGCUCUAAUAACGUCUGCUCAAAGUUAUAACAAACUGAAGAAAGAUGAACAGUGUGAAGAGAGAAAGGGACCUAGUCAUGGUGAUGCCGAUAACAACAGUUUUGCUAGAAGCAGAAGCAGAAGCAGGAGUCGGAGCAGGAUAAAAGCUUUCAUCGGCUCUCUUUACAUGCCCUUGAAAAGUGUGAGCAAAGAGCUUAAAAAUGCUGUAAUAACGUCAGCUCAAAGUUAUAGCAAACAGAAGAAAAAUGAACAGUGCGAAGAGAGAAAGGAACCUAGUCAUGGUGAUGGCGAUAACAACAGCCUCGGUAGAAGCAGAAGCAGGUUCUGGAGCAGGAGCAGAAUUAAGACUCUCAUCGGCUAUCUUUACACGCCCAUGAAAAGCUUGGGCAAAGAGUUAAAGAAUGCUGCAAUAACGUCAGCUCAAAUAUACUGCUACACAUGGGCAUUUUACUACCAUUUCCUCCUCCACUCAUUGGGAAGCGCCUUACCACCGCCACCAAUAUACAUCACCGAGAUCAACGAGCUCGUGCUCAAUCUCAAUGGAGAGCCUGUUACGCAAGCGGAUAAUGACCCUUGCUUAACUUGUAAGGAAGAUUUUCAGUCAAAUGAAGAAAUGGGUAUGAUGCUGCCUUGUGGACACAGAUUUCACGGUCACUGUAUUUCCAAAUGGUUGGAGAAUAAUAAUUGCUGCCCACUGUGUAGAUUCAUCUUACACGACUCUAAUGGCACGAUGUCAUCACCAAAUCAAAACCAGAAGAGCAAUGAUGAAGGCACAAGUAUUCAAACCUUUAAUAUAGAAAGCCAAAAUAUAAUUCAAUUAGAUUUGUAUCCUGAACAUUAUAAUAUUUGA